GUAGCAGAGAGGGAGAGAGGGGCAGUUCGGAUUGAGAAUUAGUGUGAAAGGCACGAGACGUGAAGGGAACAAUAAAUGAGAGGGGGAAAAGAGAAGGGGUGAUGAGGCUCAUGAUAACCCUCAUCAUCGUCACGUCGUUUUUCAAUCGCUACUCCCAAAAAUCUCCCAGAAUUCCACGCUUCCUCACUGACUCCCUUCUUUGCUUUUCUUUUUUGCCUUUCUCUCUCUUUCUCUCUCUAAAUAGCCUAGUCAACCUCAUGUCCCCCUCACUUUGUCCCAUAUUAAACCAACACUCUCUCUCACACUCUCACACUUUCACCUUCAACUUCUUCAACUUCUUCAACUUCAUUCUCUAACCCAUGCCAUAUAUAAUAUAACCCCUUCUCUACUUUCACAUUCUCCAUUUCAAUUCCAUCACCCAACCCAACCCCCCCUAACUAUUAUUGCACUUCAUUCAUUUUUAACAUGCCAAAUAUACCUUCCUUCAUCUCUUUAUAACCCCACAAACCCUAGCUUUUCCUUUUUAUUAACUCAACUCAACUCAACUCAACACCAAUGUGGAUGGUUGGUUACAACGACGCUGCUGACUUCACCAUGCCUGAUUAUGCACUCAAUGGAAGAAAACUCAGGCCUCUCAUGCCACGCCCCGUCACUUCUCCCAACAACACCCCAAACGCCAACAACAACAACCCUCCAUGCUUCACCCGCAUUCAUCAUGCCAACGAUUUCUUCUCACAAUAUCACAAUCUCGCAUCAGUGGCAGAUCAGGGUAAGAGAGAGUUCAACCCUCCACCGGUAGUGGUGAGUUCGAGGUGGAAUCCGACCCCGGAGCAGCUAAGGGCAUUGGAGGAAUUGUACAGAAGAGGGACGAGAACACCGUCUGCGGAGCAAAUCCAACAAAUCACGGCGCAGCUUCGGAGGUUUGGAAAAAUUGAAGGGAAGAAUGUUUUCUAUUGGUUUCAGAAUCAUAAGGCGAGGGAAAGACAGAAACGCCGCCGUCAAAUGGAGUCGGCGGCUGAGGGUCAUCACGCCCGUGACUAUGAUGGUACUCUUGAAAAGAAAGACUUAGGCGCAAGUAGGACAGUGUUUGAAGUUGAACAGACCAAGAACUGGGCACCCUCUACAAACUGCAGUACGCUUGCAAAGGAAUCUGUUUCAAUACAAAGAGCAGCAAAAGCAGCGGUUGCAGCAGAUUGUAGAACAGAUGGAUGGCUCCAAUUCGAUGAAGGAGAGUUACAGCACACAAGAAACUUAAUGGAGAGGAAUGCCACGUGGCACAUGAUGCAGUUACCUUGUCCUUCCCCUCCCACAGUUUCACCCCACUUCAUAAACGCUCCUCCUACCAUCUCUACUGCUACCAUGGCCACCACACCCUCAGUAACACCAAGAGUAAUGGACCCAAAGCUCAUUAAGACUCAUGAUCUCAGCUUCUUUCUCUCACCUAACACAGAAAACGGUGUUAUCCACUUAAGCAGUAUCAACACCUACACCCCAGAUGAUAUUUCUGUGGAGUCUCAAACCCUUCAACUUUUCCCCGUCAGGAAUGAGGAUGAUGAAGGCAGUGAUAACAUUAACCACCAAAAAGAGACAGAGGUAUCGAUCUCAGCAAUGAAUGCCCCAAGCCAGUUUUUUGAGUUCCUUCCAUUGAAGAACUGAACUCAACUGAUUCCAAAAAGAAAGAAAGAAAAAAACUUGCCGUGUAUGUAGAAUUAUGGGGCUGCGUUUAAACAUUGUAUUUUGUUAGAAAAUAGUACUACUUUUAUUGCUAUGGAUGUUAUGUAUCAAGGAAUUGGUGGUGUAAUAGGACGCUAGUUUGAGUGAGGUAUUUUGCCUUAAAAUGCAUUUGGACUAUGUUGAUUGAAUCAAAAAAGAGUACUUAAGUCCAAGGGUUUAUUGUUUAGGGAGCUUGUUUGAGUAACUUGAUGUGUAUGUACACACACGUUUAUUCUGAUAUCUGAUAUGUAUGGCGAGAGAAACAGAAACAGGAAAGAUGGUGGGGGAAGGGAGAGGGAGAGAGGGACGUAAAUAGAGAAUGUAUAAGGAAUUUGAUGUGAGGGUUUGAUUGAAGGUAUAGUAUCUGAAAUGGGGAUGAGAUGUGACAGACAAGGAUGUUGAAGUAACUAUGAGCAUGGAAUGGAGAAAUUACUUUUGUUCUUU